AUGUUGCAAAGCUCAGAGCAGAUGGGGCUGCACCCACAAGGGCUUCAAGUUUUUUUGGCUGCUUGUGGAUAUGCGUUGCAUGUUUUUGGAUUCAAAGAUUUUGACUGCGUGUACAACAGCAGGAGAGUGAGAGGGCUUGCAGAGAUCAUGCACUCUGGAAAAAACCCACUCAAACAGGCAAAGGUUCUUUCAGUUGCACAGGUUGUUGCAUUGCACAAUUUACUGGAGAACAAGGUGGCUAAUUUCAUUGACAGGGCGCUUGCAGCCUAUGCUCUUUUGGCCCUGUACGGCAGAUGUCGACACAGUGACCUGGCGUUUGUAGAGUGUGUGAUGCACGAUUUUGACUGGAAAGGUGGCUUCGUGGAAGUGUCAACAAGGUUGCACAAAACAGCCAAGAGUGCAACCCAGAAAUCCCAGUUACUUCCAAUAGUCAUACCGGCAAUUGGAGUGACUGGUCAGGUUUGGGUGCAGGAGGCCAUUGAAGCUUUUGCAGCUUGUGGUUUGAACCUGGACGGCUCGAUCCAGGGACCGCUCUUUAGGCCCCCCAUGGCGGCCGGUGGAGGGCUAUGCAAACGGGGCUUGACUUCGUCAGAGGUCACCAAGUUUUUGAGACUCCUUUUUGAGUGCAAUGAUAACAAUGUUGAUGGGCCUCGGGUGUCGUCGCAUAGUCUCAAAGCUACUGCACUGUCAUGGGCCUCAAAAUUUGGAUUGCCCAUUCCCGACAAAGCAAUUUUGGGAAGACAUGCCAGCGCGACCACAGAAGCCCAUGCGAUCUAUUCGCGUGACCUCUCGGUGGCAUCUGUGAUGAAACUGCAAGACAUCAUUUUGCGGAUUUCGCGCUUGGAGUUUCAACCGGACAAUCCCCGCAGGGGGUACUUUGCUGAGGAAAACGCACCUUGCGCAGAGCCAGGUGCCAUUGAGGUGGUGAAGGUCGAAGAGGAUUCACCUGCCCAGGAGGUCGUUGAGAGUGAGAAAGAAAUGGACAAAGAGACCAUCUCUGACCACCAGAGUUCAAGUGGCUCUUCAUCUGAGGAGUCAUCAAGCUCAGAUGAGGAGGUAAGACCGCCUCCACCUAAGUGUUAUAGGCACACGGCCAAGGACCAUUUGGCGGGCCGCUUUGUGAGCCACAAGACAUCGAAGUUGGUCCACUAUAAGGACUCUGUGGUGGGUGAAUCGAAAGCUGUUGGCAAAGCCGUCUUGUCAUGCGGCCGGGUGCUGAACUCAAACUAUGACAUUGUCGUACAUUUCGACACAGUAGCACUUUGUAGAAGAUGCAAGGUGAAUGCAGUCAAAGACGGAGUGCUGUUAAUGGGUGUCAAACGCUUGGGUUCGCAAUUUGUUUCACUGUUUGCAGGUGCGAGUGUCGCUGACAUCGCAGGUGCCAAGAGGCUUUUAUUCGAGUCACAGACCAUGGUUCUUGCCGCCUUGCAGGAUUCUGUGAAUGCCCCUGACAGUUCAUCCAUCAAGAAGGUGCCCAAUGCUGAGCGUGAGACCAAAAUGAGGACACAUGAAGUGUUGACGCAGAAGAGCCCGUCAAAGAUGCUGGAUAUCUCAUCGGAGAGUUUGAUCAUUAAGGAAAAGGCCGAAGUCCAGGACAUGUUUGUAUCUUCAGCGUUGCAAGUCCAAGAGUCUCUGCAGCGCAGAGGCUUGGCCCUGGUCUUCGCGGACCUGGUUCAACAUGCAAAUUAUACCAGGUACCUCACUACGUUGUUCUCUCAUUUGCACAGGGAACCCCCUGCAGGGUAUAGCCGGUGCUCAGUGAGUCAGAUCGUGGCCGCCGACAAACUGGUGUGGCAGGCUUUGUUGGAGGAAGGGGUGCAACCAAAGAGAGAUGAUGCAGGUGUGUUGGCAUUGGACACCAAGUUGCUCAGCACUUUGGAGAGCUAUCGAGUUUCAUUCAGUCUGCUUCCUUUGAUUGCCAAAAAGGAAGGUCCAGGGAACAUCCAGAAGAAGAACAAACCGCAGCAGCCUUGGUCGAGCGGAAAGGGAGCAGGGGCCACCACACAGAAACCUUGGUUGAAACAGAAAGGAGGCAAGAAAGGUGGCAAAUCCAAACAGCGUGUGCCAUCUCACAUAUUCAAGCUGGGAGGAACUGCCUCCAACCCAGAGGGGGAGCCCAUUUGUUUUGGAUUCAAUUCGGAAGGUGGUUGCUCCGAAGCUGCUGACGGAGCCAAGUGCCGCAGAGGGUUGCACAUUUGCUCCAAAUGUUACGAGCUUGGUUUGGUUGAAUCCUUCGGCGUUGAUCACGAUGUUGACAAGGCGAUUGCAACUGUGAAGAAAUUGGAUUUGCUGUACGAAUUUUUGUCCGAGGCGAUCCAGGCUGUUUUUCACAACUUUCAAAACGAGGAUCUGGGCUACUUGCCGAAGCUGAGGGCCGACUGGUUUAGCAAAUGGACAGCCAGGGCAAAGGAGCUUCAACCAGCAGAGAUGGAGAUGAAAGCGAGCAUGCCUGCACACAUAGCAAAUAUUUUGAAGCCAAAGCGGCUGCUUCUCUGGAAAGAAAUUUUGUUGGAUUUGGGAUAUCCAGAUGCAGAUGUGGUGUCAGAAUUGACGAACGGUACUGAGCUUGUAGGGGAAGUUCCCACCUAUGGCAUCUUUGAGAAAACUUUCAAGCCAGCAGAAACAACGGUGGACAGUUUGUGCAAGGAGGCGAAAUCGAUCAAGCAGAAGCACUAUUAUAGCUGCAGGUCGUCAGGGGACAAAGAGAUAGAUGAACUUGUUUGGAAGAAGACCCAAGAGGAAGUCGAGCUUGGAUGGGCAUCCGGCCCCAUUGAGAUAGCGAACCUGCCAGCUGACGCAAUUGUAAGCCGACGUUUUGGACUCCGACAACCCGGGAAGAUACGCUUGAUAGAUGACUUGUCGGCUAGCAAUGUCAACCAGACGGUGCAAUGUGCAGAAUCACCCAAGCCGCAAUCAAUCGACUUCGUGGCUGCACUGCUGUUGACGAUUCUGAAAAGUAGCGGAGGAGCACAAAUCCAAGGCAGGUCCUUCGAUUUAAAAAGCGCUUAUAAGCAACUUGCAAUAGCUGAGUCAUCCUUGCAGUUUGCCUUUGUAGCCAUAUAUAACCCCUAUAAGAAAAGGGCCGAGCUGUAUCAGUUGCUUGCAGCACCUUUUGGUGCAACAAGAAGCGUGUAUUCAUUUUUACGUAUCUCACAUGCCAUUUGGUUCACUGGUGUCAAAGCUCUGAAAAUCAUGUGGAGUGUGUUUUUCGACGACUAUGUGGUUUUCUCUCAGAAGCUCCAUGUCAAAAGUACGGAAGCCACUGUUGAACUCUUGUUCAGACUACUGGGGUGGAAAUUUGCAGAAGAGGGUGAGAAAGCGACAUGCUUUGGUGAUGAUUUUUCAGCGCUGGGUGUACGCCUCAACUUGGAGAAUGCGAACUUGGGAAAAGUCAGUUUCAUCAACACAGAGAAACGCAUUACAGAGCUGACCAGCGCCAUAGAGGAUAUCAUCAGGAAGGGUCGGAUGACUGUUUUGGAAUCGCAGAAGCUUAGAGGGAGAAUGCAGUUUGCAGAUGGACAAGUCUUUGGUCGUUUGGGAAAGUUGUGCAUGAAAGCCAUAACGCAACAUGCUUUUAAAGGUCGGGGUGAUAAACUUGAGAAACCGACGGUUGAUGCCUUGAGAAGAUUUGUGAUUUUUCUUAACCAUGCAGAGCCUCGAAGUUUGGAAUUGGCGUCCGACUCUGUUUGGACCAUUUACACCGAUGCAUGCUAUGAGCCUCAACGGACCGACUGGGUAUGUGGUCUGGGUGGGGUGCUUGUGAAUCCGCUUGGUGAAAAGGUGGCAUUCUUCUCAAUGGAGUUGUCAACAGAACAAAGGCGUGCGUUGGGUGCUGAGUUCAAAAAGACCAUCAUCUUUGAAGCGGAACUGCUGGCCAUGGUACUGGCUUUUUCUGUCUGGAGGUCAAUCAUUGGAUCUUCAAGUGUUAUUUGUUUUGUGGAUAACAACUCUGCAAGGGAUGUUGCAAUUUCAGGAUGUGGCAGAAACUGCGUUGCAAGCAUUUUGGUAGAGUUCCUUCUGAAGCUCGAAAUGGCUACAAACGUAACACCAUGGUACACCCGUGUACCCACGCCAUCAAAUAUAGCAGAUGACCCUUCACGAGGAGUUGUCCAGUAUUUGAUAGAAUCUGGAGCUGAGUGUAAAAUUCCUGAGACUGAACUUCAGGAUAUCAUCAAGAUACUUUUGGAAUCAUCGGUUAAGAGGGGAGAUAUUGAACAGUGA